CGGAAACGGCUUAAUACCACAUCCAUGGUGCAAGUGAGAACUACAGCGAGGAUUGCAGUUCUGUGGGAAGUUGUAACUCGUCCUCGUAUCACCUCUGCGUGACACUCCGGUCUUCUCCGGGAACCGUCGCCACGUUAACACGCCAGGAACCGGCGUGGUGCACAGAAACCGGACAGAGACGGCGGUGGUGAAGUCAUGUUCAGGCUCCUCAGUCGGCGAGGUAAUCUGACGCGGAGCUGCCCGGCAGGCCAGCGGCGCCAUGAGCACGGCGUCAUGGCCAUCCGCCGCGAGGACAUCAACCCCUGGGAGAGGAGGGCGCCGCUGGCCCCCAAACACGUCAAAGAGCUGACCAACGCCGGCAUCAAAGUCCUCGUCCAACCGUCCAACCGCAGAGCCAUCCACGAGAAGUACUACAUGAGGGCCGGGGCCGUGAUCCAGGAGGACCUCUCGGAGGCGUCUCUGAUACUCGGGGUGAAGAGGCCGCCGGAGGAGAAGAUCAUUCCCAGGAAGACGUACGCGUUUUUCUCCCACACCAUCAAGGCUCAGGAGGCCAACAUGGCGCUCCUGGAGGACCUGCUGAAGAAGGAGGUUCGUCUGAUCGACUACGAGAAGAUGGUCGAUGCCAACGGCUUCCGGAUCGUAGCGUUUGGUCAGUGGGCCGGUGUCGCAGGAAUGAUUAACAUAUUGCACGGAUUGGGUCUGCGCUUCCUGGCUCUUGGGCACCACACUCCCUUCAUGUACAUCGGCAUGGCUCAUAACUACAGGAACGUCAGCCAGGCCAUCCAGGCAGUGAGGGAUUGUGGGUAUGAGAUAUCCAUGGGCUUCAUGCCCAAAUCUAUCGGCCCUGUGACGUUUUGUUUCACCGGUACCGGCAACGUCUCCAAGGGAGCCCAAGACAUCCUUAACGAGCUACCCGUCGAAUAUGUUGAACCUCAUGAGUUGAAGGCCGUCUCCGAAACAGGAGAUAUGAACAAAGUGUACGCCACCGUUCUGAGCCGACAUCACCACCUGAUCAGGAAGAGCGACGGCAUGUACGACCCCAUGGAGUACGAGCACCACCCGGAACUUUACACCUCGCACUUCAGGACUAGCGUGGCACCCUACACAACCUGUCUGAUCAAUGGUAUUUACUGGGACCGCCACACGCCCCGCCUCCUCAGACGAUUGGACGCCCAAAAGCUGAUGAGACCGCUCCAAACCUCCGCUGCCGAAACGGAAGGAUCACCAGCGCUGCCUCACAGACUGCUGGCCAUCUGCGACAUAUCUGCUGACACCGGAGGCUCCAUAGGCUUCAUGAACGAUUGCACCACCAUCGAUAAGCCCUUCUGUAUGUACGACGCGGACCAGCACAUCGACCACGACAGCGUGGAGGGAAACGGGAUCCUCAUGUGCUCCAUCGACAACCUGCCCGCUCAGCUCCCCAUCGGAGCCACAGAGUACUUUGGAGACCGACUCUUCCCCUACAUCUGGGAGAUGCUGCCCUCGGACGCCACCAGACCGCUGGAGGAGGAGGACUUCAGCCCGCAAGUCAGAGACGCUGUCAUCACCUCAAACGGCGUCCUCACCCCAAAGUUUGAAUACAUUGAAAAACUUCGAGAAAAGAGGGAGAAGGCUCAGAUCAUGAAGAAGGCCGGGAUGAAGAGAGUCCUGCUGCUGGGUUCAGGAUACGUCUCGGGACCCGUCGUUGAGUAUUUGACUCGCGACGAGAAGACCCAGGUCACUGUUGGUGAGUCUUAUAUCGCAGAAUUUUGCCAGUUCCAAACCAGGUGGAAGGAGAAGAAGAAGGAAAAACUGUGGUCAAUUUGUCACAUGGUCACCCAUGUGGUCCCUGUUGACCCCUGUUCUGUCCCGCAGGGCUUCACAAAGGCCAUGACCGGGUUUGUCAAACUGGGCCUAAUCAACAGCGAGCCCUGCCCCCUCCUGCAGCCCACUUCAUCUCCCGUUUCCUGGAAAGCGCUUCUCUGUAAGCAGAUGGGAUUGUCGUCUUCUCUUUCUCACGACGCCUUUGAGGACGCUGUAUACGAACGCAUCGGAAAGGACGACUUUGCGAUGGACACCCUGAGAUGGUUCGGGAUGCUGAGCGACGAGUCGGUGCUUCACGCUGACAGCGUGCUCGCUGCUCUGGCAAAACAUCUGGAAGCCAGACUCUCCUUCGGUGAGGGUGAGCGAGACAUGAUCAUCCUGAGGAACGACGUUGGUCUUCGUCACCCAACUGGCGAGCUGGAGACCAAACACAUCAGCCUGGUGGUGUACGGCGACCCCAGCGGCUUCUCCGCCAUGGCCAAGACGGUUGGAUACCCAGCGGCCAUUGCUGCUCGCAUGGUCCUUGAUGGUCAGUGAUAUCAGUCAGG